GAGUAGAAAUACCCUAAAGGAAAUAAGCAGUGAUGCAACCAAAGCGGUGUUUUUUAAAAGGGUUCAGAUAACAGCCUUAUAUAGAACAGAAGUGGAAUAAUGCCAAUGAUCCAGACAAAUAACGAUAGCACAGAGGCGAGUAAUAAGAAAAACGAGAGCACAGGCAGGCUAAAAGAAGCACACCAGGGAUUCACACUAAGCUGGAGAGUCUAGCAAUGGGAUAUGGUUUCCAACUCUUCAGACCAGAAGGCAGACAAGACAGUUCCUGUCACAAUUGCCCUCUGCACACUCUUUUCCAUUAUUUUCAUCACAAGCUUGAUACUAAACAGCAUGGCUGCAUGGAUUUUCUUUAACAUAAACAAAAACACAAGUUUUAUUUUCUACUUGAAAAACACCGUCAUUGCAGACUUAAUAAUGACAAUGACAUUUCCUUUUAAAAUAGCCAGCGAACUCAGCCCGGAAUGGUCGGUUAUAAAGCAGAUUGAUUGUCGCUAUUCUGCUGUUAUUUUCUACAUUAACAUGUAUGUCAGUAUCCUGUUCCUGGGAUUAAUCAGUAUUGACAGAUACAUGAAAAUUGUGAAACCUUUCAAAAAUUCAAGGCUGAACAGUGUUCACUUCACAAGGAUUGUCUCUGCAGGAGUCUGGGUGACCAUGGGACUGCUUUCACUUCCAAAUAUGAUCUUAACAAACCAAUCCCCCGAAGAAAACUUUACAGAAUGUUCAAAGCUUAAGAGUGACUUCGGCAAGCGAUGGCACGCUGCAGUAUCCUACAUCAAUAUUUUAAUAUUCUUGCUUGUUUUCUUUGUCUUGGUUGGAUGCUACUUAUCUAUAUGUAGAUAUAUCAAGAAUACUGAAAAACAAUUUGUGAGUAAUCGUGACAUGGAAAGAAAGUCUAACCAAAACAUUUGUACUGUUCUUUUAGUGUUUUUCAUCUGUUUUGUACCAUACCAUAUGUGCAGAAUCCCAUUUACUUUAAAACAGAUUCAAAAUGAUUUUGAUGACAAUAAGAAUGCUAUUUUGAAUGAUGCAAAAAAGAUUACUCUGUUUAUAUCAGCAUGCAAUGUUUGCUUGGAUCCUAUAAUAUAUUUACUAAUGUGUAAAUCAUUUAAAACCUUACUGGUUCAGAAGCUGAACUUACAGCACUGCUCCACUUUUAAUAGAGUGACAACGAGUCCUAGUAGACCCCAAGUUCGACGAUUUCGAGAAUAUUCACCCACUGGACAGUAGAAGUUCCACGUCUUACUAACUGGAUGCUUCUGGUUAACAUUCUAUAUGCCAACUAUAAAUGAAGGUGGAAAAUAUCCAAGUGCAGGAAACAUUAAAGGCAACUGAAAUCCCACUAGAGCAGAACAGUGGAACAGCAUCACAAUACUUGCAAGCUGAAAUGCCUUUGUUAUGUCGAGUUUGUAUGUCAUCCACAUGUUUUGGGAAGUAUCUACCAGGAUCUCCAGUUUCAUCACUUGGUUUUCCUGUCAUCUCAUUGCUUGAGCUUGUCAGUAUUCAUGAAUAUCCCCCACAGUGGGGAGCUAUCUCUGGUUCAAUUUGAAAAAGCAGGAUGGCGAAAUGGACGGAUGGAGACAAAAUCUCUCUAAGGCUUUCCUCAAAGAAAGACAGGAGCGGGAGAGAGUUUAUUUUGAAAUGCAUUCAU